UAAUUAUUUAUGCAAUUAUGGAGAAAAUAUUCACCUCAUUUCUCUUGUUGCUUCACUAUGUUACGGUUAAUUCAGCCAUGACCCAAACCAACAUUACCACUGAUCAAUUGGCUCUUCUCGCUUUGAAAUCCCAAAUCAUUUCAGACCUCUCUCUCUUCUUGGAUUAACUUUGGUCUCCCACUACAUCCGUUUUCCAUUGGGUUGGAGUCACUUGUAGCUCUCAUCACCAAUGAGUGAAUUCCUUGAAUCUUUCUAACAUGGCUCUUACGGGCAGGAUUCCCCGGGAAUUCGGAAACCUCUCAUUUCUUAUUUCUCUAGACUUGGGAAGCAACAAUUUCCAUGGAAAUUUGCCUCAAGAAAUGACAUGCUUGCGCCGGCUUAAGUUUCUUGAUUUAAGUUUCACCAAUUUCUGAGGGGAGGUUUCUUCUUGCUCUGGGUUUUUACACUGACUUCAAGUUCUAAAUCUUAGGAAUAAUAGUUUCACUAGUUCCAUCCCUUCUUCAUUUUCUAAUAUAUCCACACUUGAUACUUUGAAUCUGAAUUUCAAUUCCAUAGAGGGCCAGAUACCAAAAGUGAUUGGAAACCUUAGAGAAUUAAAGUUGAGCGGUAACAAUCUCAUAGGCUCUAUUCCGCUGUCGCUCUCAAAUGCCUCAAGGUUGGAGGCUUUAGAUAUAUCUUAUAAUUCACUGCAAGGAAACAUCCCAGAAGGGAUCGGCAAUCUUCACAACAUGAACUGGUUGGUCAUACAAUAUAAUCAACUUACGGGUUCUAUACCAUUCAUGAUUUUCAAUAUUUCUAGCAUCGAAGUCAUUGCCUUUACAUGGAAUAGCUUAUCAGGAAAUCUCCCCAAUGGUUUAUGCAAUGGUCUCCCAAUACUCGAAGGGCUUUAUCUGUCUGAUAAAAACCUUCAUGGUAAUAUGCCUGCAAGCUUAUCAAAUUGUUCACAACUUCAAAUUUUGUCUUUAUCAGAAAAUGAGUUUGAUGGACCAAUACAUAGUGAAAUUGGAAGAUUGAGUAACUUGCAGGUCUUGUCUCUCGGAACUAACCAUUUUACUGGGAUAAUUCCACAAGAAAUUGGAAAUCUUGUUAAUUUGGUAGAGUUAACCAUGGAGGAUAAUCAAAUUACUGGCUCUGUCCCGAUCUCCAUGUUCAAUAUCUCAUUGCUGCAAAUUUUGUUGGCAUGGCAGAACAAUCUUAGAGGAUUCUUACCACGGGAGACUGGGAACUUAAGAAAGAUGCAACAUCUACAGUUUAGUGGAAAUACGCUUAUUGGUGAAAUACCCAAAGAGAUAAGAAAUCUCGUUGAGUUGGAGCAACUUGAUCUUACGGAUAAUAGUUUUAUUGGUCGACUUGAUAUGGAGAUCUUCAACAUAUUAGGGCUGAGAAUAAUUUAUCUUUCAUCCAAUAAUCUAUCAGGAAGCCUCCCACCAAACUUAGAUUCUAUCUUACCCAACAUUGAAAAGCUUUAUCUAAACAGCUUAACCAAUUUUGUUGGGACUAUUCCUCAUUCAAUCUCCAAUUGUUCAAAACUUACUAUUCUUGACCUUUCCUACAACAAACUCACUGGCUUGAUUCCCAAUUCUCUUGGAUAUUUGAUUCAUCAACACUUUCUAAAUUUAGGGGGAAACAAUUUAACCAGUGACUCAUCAUUAAGCAUCCUAACUUCAUUAACCAAUUACAGAAAUUUAACAACUGUUUCUAUAUCUUUAAACCCUCUAAACAACAUGCUUCUAGUCUCUAUAGGAACUUUUCCACAUCUCUUAUAAGAUUUUACCCCAACAAUUGCAAUAUCAAAGGGCGAACUCCAAAUCAUUUUUGGAACUUUAGCAGCUUAUUAGACCUUGAUCUUUCUGCAAACAGAUUGGUUGGAUCGAUUCCCACAACAAUUGGCAACUUGAGAAACCUUCAGCGCUUCGACUUUAUUAACAACAAAUUAACAGGAUCUAUUGGAGAUAUUACAUCCCUUAGGGAGAUACUUCUGGGUUCCAAUAAAUUAAGUUCCAAUAUACCACCAAGGUUAGGGAACCUUCAAGAUCUAGUUGUUCUUGACUUAUCAUCAAACAACAUGGUAGGUUCUUUACCUCCAGAAAUUAGAAAUCUAAAGGAUGUAACAAAGAUGGAUCUGUCGAUGAAUCAAUUCUCAAAUGAAAUUCCUAGAGAAAUUGGAGGCUUGCAAAAUUUGGCAUACCUUUCUUUGAGACACAAUAGGUUGCAAGGAUCUAUACCUGACUCAAUGAGCAACAUGGUAGGUUUGGAAUUCCUAGACCUUUCUUAUAACAAUAUAUAUGGAACCAUUCCCAAGUCUUUGGAGAAACUUCAAAACUUGAAAUAUUUCAAUAUUUCUGUCAACAAAUUGUUCGGUGAAAUUGUUAGCAUGAUGUAAAUAUUGUAUAUUAAUGUAAUCAUAUAUUGUUGUAUAUUAGUGUAAUUACAUAGAUUUGAUUUAGUAGUUAAAGAGAAUAAUAAUGACUUUAGUAAGAGUAGAUUUGGUGGGAUAGAAUAGCGGAUUUAGAGGGAUGGAUCCUUAGGGAUAGGAAGACGGAUCUUUAGGGUUGUAAUCAUUGAAUAUUUUCUAUUUAAUGACAAGACUCUCAAUAUUGAGAGGUGUUCAGCAGAAAAUUGACAUGGUAUCAAAGCCUUCUCUUGGAUGUCUUGUUUCAUAAAGUUCAUUUAUGGUUUCUUUCAAAAUUUAUUUUGAAAAUUUUGGUUUUCGUUGAUUGUUCCUCGACAAUUAACACCUAGGACUUUGAUCUUGGUCAUUUUGGUUGUUCUUUUUGAGUUAGUAUUUCUAGUUUUCUUAAUUAUGAGUUCAUAUCAGUUUGAAUCAUCCAGUGUUCGUUUCACUAGAACGAAUUUUUCAUCAUGGGAUUUUUAAUUUUUGUUAUUUGUCACCGGAAAAGAAUUAUGGGACCAUAUUGAUGGAGCCGAUCCUGCUCCUACUAAUCCUACAAAGUUAGGUGAAUGGUAGAUUAAAGAUGCUUGGGCGAUGACAUGGCUUUUAGGGUCAAUUGACCCUCUUAUUGUUUCUAAUCUCUGGACUUACAAGACAGCUAAGGCCCUGUGGGAUUAUUUACAAAAGGUUUACAACCAAGAUAAUAGUGCCCGACGCUUUUACUUGGAGUAUGAAAUUGCUAAUUACUCUCAAGGAGGUCUUUCUAUUUAGGAUUAUUAUUCUGGAUUUCAGAACUUAUGAGCUGAAUUUACAGGUAUUGUUUAUGCCAAAAUACCUUCCGAAUCUCUCUGUAAUCAUGAGCAAAGCAAGAGAGAUUAUUUUUUGAUGAAGUUACACUCUGAGUUUGAGAGUGUUCUCUCUAACUUGAAGAGUCGUGACCCGUCUCCCUCCCUAGAUGUUUGUUUUAGGGAAUUGCUUCGUGAAGAGCAGCGUUAUGUCACACAAAAUGCUUUCAAAAGAGGAAAUGAUGUCGCUAUUGCAUUUGCUGCUCAAGGUAAAGGUAUGAGUAGGGAUAUGAAUAGAAAUCAAUGCUAAAAUUGCAAGGAAUAUGACCAUAUUGCUAUAAAUUGUGGCAAGAAGUUUUGUAAUUAUUGUAAACAACAAGGACACAUUAUCACAGAGUGUCCCACAUGCCCUAAGAAUCGUAAGGUAAAUAAUUUUCAUGCAGCAAUAAAUGGUUCCACUCUUUAGAACUCAUCUUCAGGACCUUUAGGACAAGUUCUUACUCCUGAAAUGGUACAAUAAAUGA